CGGCUGAGGCUGCCGCUGCCAACAGUACUACGAUGAGAAAAAAUCAUGUACCUUUUUAAUAUUUCUUCGUAAUGUUUCUCAAACAAAGAAGGUAGAUCCUUUCAGGAUAGUGGGUGUGUUGUGACUGUAUCAGUUAACCCAAUGAAGCACUAUUUAUAAGGUUUCACCUCAUUUUAUGUUUGAUUUAUUCACCGUCCAAUUGACAACCGUCAAUGUCACAAGUAGACAUGUGGGUCAAUUAUUAUCGAGUCACAUUGUAAUAUAUUAAAUAUUCAUCUGCUUAAACCUUACGUUCUUAUAGUUUUCAUUAAAAUUCUUAGCCGUUUUCAGAGAGGAGCGAAACUGAAAAGUUUCAGAUGAAGGGUCUACUUCUUCUCGUACUACUUGCUGCAGCAGCGUCAGCAUCUAUUCUCAAUUAUGAGGUGACUGAAGAAGAUAAUCAGGAAGAAGAUACUUUGUCCCCAGAUCUUGACGAUACACCUGAUCAUUAUGAAGAAGAAGUGAUGCUCAGAAUAUCACCAACACCAACGGCGACCGAUAUUGAUGAAUGGGCUGAAUUAUUUAGAAUGGCUGUCGAAGAAGGCAUGAUUCAUCGCAAUCUUAGCAUGGGGAACAUCGGUGCACACGAUAUUUUAUUAUCCAAAACCCAUCAUAUCAAAAAUGACGGCGAUACAAAUGUAUCAGAAGAUGUGUAUUUUCGUUGCUGUCCUACCACUGUUAUAAUAACUGCGAUUCGUGGGGGAUCGGUUUCAGAGAACAUGAAGAGCCUGUUCCUCAUAGUUUUGUUGGUAGUAGCAGCCUCAACAGCUGUCAUCAAUCAAGAAACGGCUGCUGAUCCUGACUUGGUUGAAACAUUUGAGGAGUUUGACUUGGGUGAUGACCCUGAUAUUAGCUAUGAACCUGACGUAGCUGACGUGACCGAAGUUCCUAUCAGUGACGUCACUAGUCCGAGUAUUGAUGUAGCUACCUGUUGCAGUGUUGGUGCACGCAGUGGAAAACUCCUCGUCAGAGCAUCCAUAAUUGCUGGAGGCCUGAAUCGCAACUUUGUGACCAUCAGGCUGCAAUCCGCUAGAGGCCGCGGCUACAAAUUCAGGAUUCAAAUCUACGGACGCUAA